GGCAAUUCCAUGAACUAGGCACCAGCCGACUUCAGAUCCAGAGCGUUCUGAUGCAGAUCAUCAUAGGAAUUGGCGGGUGCCGACAGGGUAGACCCAUAAGCGAGAGCUCGACCUUAACGCAGGCAGAAGAUAAAUAGCUGCACCAGUCCUCACCCACCAGCUCUCUCCAAAGAAGCAACAGUCUCUCAAAACACUAAGCAGAGUUCUGAAAACAUGGUCUCAUCAACCAGAUACCUCCUCACCCUCCCUCUCCUCCUGGGACCGGCGCUGUCGACCCAGGUCUGCCCGCGCCUCCCAGGCAUCCAAACCUUCCCAACCACCGCGCAAGCCGGCCCAGCCAACGGCCGCUUCACCUCCUGCGAUAACGCCUUCGACAGCCCCAAAGUCCAAACCGUAAACGCCACCACCUACGACUGGUGGUACUUCGACGCGAUCGGCAGCGACGGGGUCUCCUCGCUGGCCGUGGUCUUCUUUCUCGAGGCGAACCGGUCCGGCUUCAGCGUGACGGAGAACUUCACCAACGUGGACUUCGUGCAGAUCUCCGGCACCUUCGCCAACGGGACCACCUUCGCCGAUUUCCUGUUCGCCGACGAAGCGGCCCUCGUGGCUACCAUGGGCGACGGGUCGAGCGGACGCUGGCCCGGCACGGGGGCCUCCUGGGCCGGCAGCCCGGACUUGUCUGAUUACUUCGUCACACUGGAGGCGAGCCACCUGGGCUUCGAGGGAACGUUCUCCAUGCACUCAGUGGCGCCCCCGCACUACCCCUGCAGCCCUAAGCGCGCCAACCAGCCCCUAGAGGUUCUCCCGGGAGUAGGCUGGGCCAACUCCGUCCCCGACGCCGACGUGACGGUCAACAUGACGGUGCAGGGCUCGCCGUUGAGCUUCAUCGGAACUGGAUAUCACGAUAAGAACUGGGGCGUCACCCCCUUCACCACGGCAGUCGGAAGCUGGUACUGGGGUCACGCGCGCAUGGGCCCGUACUCCCUGGUCUGGCUGGACGCGCUGGACCCGAACCAGACCGAGUACGCGAGCGGCUACGUGGCCUACCAGGGCCAGAUCGUGCACGCCGCGUGCGGCGCGAUGAAGGUGCGUCCGACGGGAGCGAACGUGAGCUUCCCGCCGCAGGGGGACGAUGCGCUGCCCCAGGGGUUCCGGAUCGAGGUCGAUCUCGGGGAGGAGCGCGGUGGCGUGCUGGAGGCGGAGCUCGCGGCGAAUCUGGCCACGUUGGCCAAGCCGGGGUAUGGACGGUGGAUCGGGACCGUGAAUGGGUCGGUUGGUGGGGUGCAGUUUGAGGGGGUGUCGGGGUAUGAGAUGUUUAAUUUCUUCUAGGGAGGUUUGGUGGAUGCUUGGUGUGGAAAGGGUGUGGUUGGACUGCGUGGUUUAGGAAGCUGUGUGGUAGUUGGGGGGCGGGGGGUGGUGUUUGAGAGGUUGAGUGAUAAGGUAUGGCUGAGAUGGGAAUGAUAGAGAAUAGUCUGUGGUAGUGUACAUUAUCUAGAAAUUUAGGAAGAGACUGUAAC